GUCAUACUUCGCCUUCAGUCUCAGUUUGAAGUCUGUGUCAUACCCUCUUCCGUGGUUAGAAUGCGUGAAAUCUUCUGGGAGGUUAUCUCUGAUGAGCAUGGAAUUGAUCCAACCGGGACAUAUCACGGCGAUUCCGACCUGCAGUUGGAACGCAUAAACGUCUACUUCAACGAGGCCACCGGAGGAAAGUAUGUGCCUAGGGCUGUCCUCGUGGAUCUGGAGCCUGGGACAAUGGACAGUGUCCGUGCUGGACCUUUUGGACAGAUAUUCCGCCCGGACAACUUUGUCUUCGGUCAAAGUGGUGCAGGGAACAACUGGGCGAAGGGCCACUACACCGAAGGUGCCGAGUUGGUUGACUCUGUUCUCGAUGUGGUGCGAAAGGAGGCCGAAUCCUGUGAUUGCCUGCAAGGUUUCCAGUUAACGCAUUCCCUCGGAGGAGGGACUGGUUCGGGCAUGGGAACGCUCCUGAUCUCAAAGAUUCGGGAGGAAUAUCCCGACCGUAUCAUGAACACUUACUCCGUUGUCCCGUCUCCCAAGGUAUCCGAUACCGUUGUCGAACCAUACAAUGCCACUCUCUCGGUGCAUCAACUGGUCGAGAACACGGACGAAACCUACUGCAUCGACAACGAAGCCCUCUAUGACAUUUGCUUCCGCACACUUAAACUCACCAACCCAACUUAUGGUGACCUCAACCAUCUUGUGAGUGCAACUAUGUCCGGAGUCACGACAUGUCUUCGUUUCCCUGGCCAGCUGAACGCCGACCUGCGAAAACUAGCGGUGAACAUGGUUCCUUUCCCGCGUCUUCACUUUUUCAUGCCUGGCUUUGCACCACUUACGAGCCGUGGCAGCCAACAGUACCGUGCAUUGACUGUUCCUGAGCUGACCCAGCAGAUGUUUGACGCUAAAAACAUGAUGGCUGCUUGCGAUCCCCGCCACGGUCGCUACCUCACCGUCGCCGCCAUCUUCCGUGGUCGCAUGUCAAUGAAAGAGGUUGACGAACAGAUGUUGAAUGAGCUCUUCAAGCGCGUUAGCGAACAGUUUACCGCUAUGUUCCGCAGGAAGGCUUUCUUGCAUUGGUACACCGGCGAAGGAAUGGAUGAGAUGGAGUUCACCGAGGCUGAGUCGAACAUGAACGACCUCGUUAGCGAAUAUCAGCAAUACCAGGACGCGACUGUCGAGGAUGAGGGCGAGUUCGAGGAAGAGGAAGCCGAGGAGGCCUAA